AUGGCAAAAGCUGCGUUCUUGAAUUUUUUCGUAUUUCUUCUUAUUAUUACCACAAUUGUGAGCCAUGAAAUCAUACCGACCGAGGCAAGACACUUGAGGACUCACAGAAAGCUAAUCAAGAACAGCAGCAAAAAUCCUCUCAAGGUACACGGCGGCUCCGGUGGCUUAAGCACAGCUCGCGGCGGGUCGAUGAAGAAGAGUGGAAUUAGCAAAGAAGAACAUGGCGUUGAUGAGUUCCGGCCAACAACUCCGGGAAACAGCCCCGGCAUUGGCCAUUCCAUUAAAACAUAA